AUGUUCCAGUUAACCUCGGAUGAAGCUAAGACUAGCCCGGAUGUGGUCUCAGGUAUAUUCUUGGUUAAUUCUAUGCCUAUGAAUGUAUUAUUUGAUUCCAGGGCUAGUAGAUCGUUUAUUUCUAAUGAAUUGUCAGUUCAUCCAUCGUUUAAGCUUGAAAAGAUGUUAGUACCCUUAGAAGUGGAAGUUGCUGAUAGUAAAAGGUAUUUGUUACAUGCUAUUUGUAGAAACUGUAAGAUCUUAAUCAAAGAUGAGGAAUUUAGUAUAGAUCUUGUCCCGAUGUACAUGGGGGAAUUUAAAAACGGAGGCAAGGCGUAUCUAUCUUACGUGAUUGACACCAAUCAAGGUGUUCCAAAGCUCGAAGAUGUGAAUGUAGUGAACGAAUAUCCGGAUGUAUUUCCGGAAGAUUUACCGGGGCUUCCGCCCGAACGAGAAGUAGAAUUCAAGUUAGAGCUUAACCCGGAUGCAAAACCGGUAGCUAAAGCUCCUUAUCGGUUGGCCCCAACCGAAAUGAAAGAAUUGAUGUCACCACUUCAAGAGUUGCUCGAUAAGGGUUUUAUUAAACCAAGUGUUUCACCGUGGGAGCGCCCGUAUUAUUCGUGA